GAGUUAUCUGUAUCGAGUUAUAACGCAAAAAUUGUAUUACGGACUAUAUUUUAAGCAAUUACAGCCGUGUUGUCAGUGAAAUUUGCCGAUGUCAUUGUAAGUUCAUGAAAAUUGUAUAUAUCGUCCGCAGAAAGCAGGCCCCAUAUGUAUAUACAAAGAGAACUGAUGUAUUUAUGGAACGUGAAUGAUAUAUAAAUAAUUUACGUUUUUAAAUAACUAAUUCAAUAUUGCUUACAGUGUUGUUUGUUUUUAAGGAAUUUUGAAUGAGGCCUAUCGUCAGGCCCAACGGAAUGAGGGGUUGCAUUACAUAUGCAGACAGUGUGAGGAAAGACACUGGCCGGAAAUCACCGACACCGAUGCGGAUGAAGAUGAAAGAGCUCUCACCAGCACCGUCGCCGCUGAUCUCGAGCCGUUGGACAACUCGACAUCUCUAAAUGAAUCAUCUGUCGCCGCUGAUCUCGAGCCGUUGGAAAACUCGACAUCUAUAAAUGAAUCAUCUGCCGCCGCUGAUCUAGAACCAGAACCGUUGGAUGGGACAUUCAACAUAACGCGACGUGACAAUAUCGACGUGACAAUGGAACCGACAGAGACAGCACUUGCAGAGCCUGAAUUGCCGGACACAGUGACAGAAGAUGUUCCUAUAACUUUCACCAUGCUUGAGAACGGCAGUAAACGAGGCGGCCGAUUGCUGGUGUCUAGCAACGGAUAUUCUUACGGCGUGAAGAAUGCUAACAAGAGUUCCACACUCUGGCGGUGUAGCGUGCGAAGCAAAAAGAUGCGAUGUCACGCGACAGUCUUACAGAAAGGCAGUGACUUUCGUCUAUGCUCCAAUGCGCACGACAGUCUUACAGAAAGGCAGUGACUUUCGUCUAUGCUCCAAUGCGCACGUGCACCCAGCGGAUCAGAAGCUUCCUCUUAGAGCGAAGUCUUCCACCAUUGUCAAACAGCGUAUCAAGGAACAGCCUCAUGCUCGGGCAAUGGAUAUUGUGGCUGAUGUCAUGUCGGACAUUACUAACGAUGAGCGGUUCCUGGCCCCGAAGCAGAAGCUGAUGAAGCGCACUGCCAACAAGUUUCAUUGAUUUCAGGCUGGCAUCAUCGACUCAGCAGGCAGGCACAUCAUGGCGCAGUGCCCUUCUACGUGCUGGUACCAGCCCUGCGCAAGGAAGCCGAGAUGGUGGACAUCAGCGUGCAGUCUUCCGACCUGGAGCGUGAGCAGCGUUCAUCAACCGUCAACGCACGCCUGGAAGAAUACUGGACAAAGUAUUCGAAUGGUGAAGUGUCCACAUCCACCUUUUUGAAGGCUGUUUCGCACUUGUAUGGACCCUCUGAGUGAAGUGAAUGUAAAUAUAAGACAGGUGUUAAGUGUUGUGUUCAUUGCACACUAGCUGUAUUUGUUUCAUGUACAUAUUUGUAAGAUUUUAUAUGUAUGGUUUGAUUAAUGUAAAUGUGUUGCAUAAUGUGUUCAUUGUAUUAUACUAUAUUCUGUAUUGUUGUUCUGUUCACUAUAUUUGUUUCAUGUACAUAUGUAUUGAUUAAUGUAAAGGUGUAACAUAAAGUUAUCAUUAAUUAAUAUAAUAAACAAUAAGAGAAAAUUACUGGCAUUCGACGGCUUUGUUUCAAACACGCUUACAGUACACGUUAAAGAGCGCCUUCUUGAUUUUUCACACA